GUGAAGCGGAAAGUGACAAACCUGCUGUGUAAUGCUGUAUGUCGGAGCAGCAGCAAAACUGAACUGAACUGAGUUGUUAAGCAGCCCAGCAACAAUGCCAGAUUAUUUGGGAACCGAGCAACGAAAAGUCAAAGAAGAAGACAAAGAGGAUAAACCGAUAAGAGCUUUGGAUGAAGGCGAUAUCGCCCUUCUGAAGACCUACGGCCAGAGUACCUAUUCUAGACAGAUAAAGCAAGUGGAGGAUGACAUUCAACAGCUGCUCAAGAAGAUCAAUGAGCUCACUGGCAUCAAGGAGUCGGACACAGGCCUGGCACCUCCUGCCCUCUGGGAUUUGGCUGCAGACAAACAGACUCUGCAGAGUGAACAACCUUUGCAGGUGGCCAGAUGCACCAAGAUCAUCAAUGCAGACUCUGAGGAUCCCAAAUACAUCAUCAAUGUGAAGCAGUUCGCCAAGUUUGUGGUGGACCUGAGUGACCAGGUGGCUCCCACUGAUAUUGAAGAAGGGAUGAGAGUUGGUGUCGACAGGAACAAGUACCAGAUCCACAUCCCUCUUCCUCCCAAGAUCGACCCCACGGUGACGAUGAUGCAGGUGGAGGAGAAGCCCGAUGUGACCUACAGCGAUGUCGGUGGGUGCAAGGAGCAGAUCGAGAAGCUCAGGGAGGUCGUGGAGACCCCUCUGCUCCACCCUGAGAGGUUUGUGAACCUGGGUAUCGAGCCCCCGAAGGGAGUCCUGCUCUUCGGACCACCCGGCACAGGAAAGACCCUCUGCGCCCGGGCUGUCGCCAACCGCACAGAUGCCUGCUUCAUCCGAGUCAUCGGCUCCGAGCUGGUGCAGAAAUACGUGGGGGAGGGUGCCCGAAUGGUCCGUGAGCUGUUUGAGAUGGCCAGAACCAAGAAAGCCUGCCUCAUCUUCUUUGAUGAAAUUGAUGCCAUUGGGGGGGCCCGUUUCGAUGAUGGGGCGGGUGGAGAUAACGAAGUCCAGAGGACCAUGCUGGAGCUCAUCAACCAGCUGGACGGCUUCGACCCAAGAGGGAACAUCAAAGUCCUGAUGGCCACCAACCGCCCGGACACCCUGGACCCGGCCCUCAUGAGGCCCGGCCGACUGGACAGGAAGAUUGAGUUCAGCUUGCCUGACCUGGAGGGGCGCACUCACAUCUUUAAGAUUCACGCUCGCUCCAUGAGUGUGGAGAGGGAUAUCCGCUUUGAGCUGUUGGCUCGCCUCUGUCCCAACAGCACGGGUGCUGAGAUUCGCAGUGUAUGCACAGAAGCUGGAAUGUUUGCCAUCAGGGCUCGCAGGAAAAUCGCCACAGAGAAGGAUUUCUUGGAGGCUGUGAACAAGGUCAUCAAAUCCUACGCCAAGUUCAGCGCCACCCCAAGAUACAUGACCUACAACUAAGUAGCUUUCUAACACGUGUUUUUGACCCUUUUGAUUCCUUAAUCCUAUUCAUUAAAUGUUUUCUUUGUUCACUGUUGUACAUCCAACAUGAUAAAUAAACUGUCAGUGAUGAAGAACUGAAAA